UUUUCCUGAUAUUCUCAGCUAGGCUCAUAUGCCUUGCUAACAAAAUUCCAAUUUGGUUUACCUUACGGUAUUUGAGGAUUGAAAAGAGUAAAUUAAUCUUAAACCACAAGGACACCAUAUAAUUUGUUUCCCUAACAGGAAGUUAUUUUUUUACAAUAGAUAAGUUAUUGAGUAACAGACCUGUAUUUCUCAGUAACCUCAUCUGAUAACAAACAGCAUAAAGAGCCCAGCAGGUUUUACGUGGAUACACGAGAAGCCCGGCAGGAGCCCAUUUGACCCUAUUUUAACCAGUGAAUCUUUUUUAGACAACAUGAGGGUAGUUCGUGCUCUAAAGUGUCUGACACUUAUCCACAUUCUGCUAUGCUGUGAAUCGCUUCCUCUUAGGCGAAUGCAGUUUGUGAUCCAGCACACUUGGGACAGCGAUCCUGUGAAUCAUGACCCCAUCAGGAUCGAUUUCUCUCCUGGGGAAGGAGGGCUGAAGAUCGAGAUGUUUGGACCCUUCUUCAAUGAGCCAGCAGCCCCCGCAGGUCCCCCUAGUCAGCCCUUUCCUGGACUCUGGGAUUACGAAGUUGUGGAGUCCUUCUUCCUUGACAGUACCACAGAGAAUUACCUGGAAGUGGAGUUUUGUCCACAUGGACAGCACCUGAUAUUGUUGCUAUCAGGAGUUGGAAAAGCAUUCCAGCAACAACUGCCCAUGGUGUUUAAUGCCACGAUCACAGGGGACAGGUGGAUGGGUGAGGCUCUCUUGCCCUGGUCCUACUUACCUCCAAACAUCAACAAGAUGAACUCCUACGCAAUUCACGGCUCAGGAGAGAAGCGUACGUAUGAGGCUCUCUACUCCAUCCCCAAGGAGGAGAUAGUGGAAGGCCUAAAACCCAACUUCCACCGCCUGGAGUAUUUCCAGAAUUUCAGCCUGCAAAGCAUCAUGGGAGAAGGUUGGAUCCAGCCAGAAUCGGAUCUAUGGAAAGGAAAGCCAUGAGCUUUUCAAAAACCCUUCCCUGUCCUUCUCCUUCUGUCUCUCUUUUGCACACACACACACACACACACACACACACACACACACACACACACACACACACACACACACACACACACACACACACACACACACACACACAUCACACACACCACACAGGGCAAUGGUACAAACACUCAUUGACGGGAAACAAAGGGCAAUCAAUCUUUAUUAGUUAAUGAUGCCAAACAAUAUGACAACAAAUAUGUUAGCAGCUUGUCAGAGUGUAUUAGCCUUCACACACACACGCACCCCCACACACACACACACACACACACAGACACACACGUCACAAAGUAUUGGACAUCCCCUUAAUUUCCCUAAGCAGAGUGUGACCGACAGCGUUAUGCUGUGGAUGGUGGCAAGAAAUGCUCGCUUUGACAUUCAGCUCCUCUGCGGCCUUUCAAGGAGAAAGUGUGAUACUGUCCCUGAGUUCUAAAAGUUUGCAAUAAAUGUUGUACCAUGAAUAGAACCUUUUGCAACCAUUUUACUAUCUUUAUUGAAUGCUUUUAGUUAGAUAUGUCAAUGUGUUGAUUACAUAUUAGUGAUGAAGUGUAUGUAGUUUUCUUUUCUCUGCGCAUUUUACUUUUACUUGUAUGUGUCAUGUGUUCAGUGCCAUGUUUAUCCAUUAAAGCGACGUUCAUGCACUUUGAAAA